AUGCCCCCCAAAGCCGCGCGAGGGCGGCCAUCCAAGGCUCCAACCACAGAAUCUCAACCUGCAAGCGCAAGCAAAACUGUCCCCUCACCUAAAUCACCAUCCGCCAGCAAAAAGCAGAAGCCCACGCCCACAUCUCCCGCGAAGAGCCGGAUAGAAAAGCGGCCUGCAGGAAAGAAGGCCCCGCGCACGUCGAAUAUCCAGCCCGGCGACCCAACCCCCACCGGCCGCCGCCGACGCUACAAACCCGGCACAGUCGCUCUCAAAGAAAUCCGCCAAUAUCAACGCUCCUUUGACCUACUCAUCUCCAAACUACCAUUUGCGCGUCUCGUGCGCGAAGUCGCGCUUGACUUGCUGCCCGCAGAAGUCGGCGCGGAGCUGCGAUGGCAGUCGCACGCAAUCCAGGCUUUGCAAGAAGCCGCAGAAGCCUUCAUGGUGCAUCUGUUUGAGGAUACGAAUCUGUGCGCGAUUCAUGCUAAAAGGGUGACGAUUAUGCAGAAGGAUAUUCAGUUGGCGAGGAGGAUUAGGGGGAUGUGGGGUGGAUUAGGUUGA